CGGAGGUCGCGGGCAGCCAAUAGGGCGAGUGGGGCGGGGCGGCGCGGCGCUCGAGCGGGCGGUGGGGCCCGGCCCGGCGGCAGAAAUGGCUCAAGAAGAGAUGGAAGUUGAUCUCCAAAUAGUGGCUGGUUACCCAGAGGAGAACCUCAGGACGCUUCCCACGGAGCCCUCUGGCCAUGCAGGGCUGUCGUCCCACGCUCCCGGUGACGGAGGAGGCAGCGCUGCAGUUCUUCCUGCUGACGACGCUGUUGUCACACCAAGCCCUGGUACAACAAGGGAAGCAGCUGCAGGGCCUGACCCGCCGCUGAGUCCUGCCCUCAGGGGGCUGCAGAGGCUCCAAGGGACGCUGGAUCCGAGUCAGCCCUUGGCGGUGCCUCAGCUCACACAGCGCCCGCAGGCGAGGAGAGCUCGCAGGCAGCACAGAGUCGGUGGUUCCCAAAGGACAGUCAGUGCCAGGGCAGCAUUGGACCAUUACUUUCAACUCAGCAGGACCCAAGAGCCAGCUGCAGGACCCGUUCCACGCCCGGAGCCCUCGCGCCUCGCGAGGGACAACCAGGAGCAGAGCCCAGACGAAACAGCAGAAGGGAGUGACUCUGACAGCAGCUCUUCUGCUGAGGAGGAGGAGGAGGCAGUGGAGGCUCCAGCCCAGGAGACACCUCCAGCAGCGACCUCAGGAGCUUCCAGUCAGGCCCAAGCAGAGAUGCCUCAAGCUUUGUCUCAAGCUUCUGCAGAACAUGGAAGCCAGGAAGAUGAAGAGGCUGAAGUCCAGCAAAAGCAGAGAACUCCUCUGAAGGAAGUGGAGCCCUCAGUUCCUGCAGCACGGCUGGAUGAGGAGGAAGGAGACACCUGUGCUAUCUGCUUUGAGCAGUGGACCAACGCCGGGGAGCACCGGCUGUCAGCACUGCGCUGUGGGCACCUCUUUGGCUACACCUGCAUUGAGAGGUGGCUCAGGGGGCAGGCAGGGAAGUGCCCUCAGUGCAACAGGAAAGCCAAGCGCUCGGACAUCGUGGUCCUGUACGCCCGCACUCUGAAGGCGCUGGACACCAGUGAGCAGGAGCGCAUGAGAAGCUCUUUAGAAAAGGAGAAGAUGUUGCGGCGACAGGCAGAGCUGGAAUCUGCGCAGAGCCGUCUCCAGCUCCAGGUUUUGACAGAUGAAUGCAGCAAACUCCGCAGGCAAGUUCAGGAGCUGAAGGCUCUGGUGGCCCAGCACAACGUGAGCACUUCGCAGCAGCCCGGCAGGUCCCGCCCCUGCCUCCCAGGGAGCCUCCCCUCCAGCCAGAGCCAGCGCAAGUACCACCUGGAAAAGGUUCUCCUGGUGUCUCAGGCUGGGAACUGCCGAGUGAUGGCAUACUGUGACUCCAUGAGCUGCCUUGUGGUGUCACAGCCUUCUCCACAGUCUACUUUCAUUCCUGGUUGUGGUGUUAAGAUGAUGAGCUUGGCCAACCUGAAGAGCAGUCAGUAUGUCCCCAUCCACAGCAAGCAGAUCCGGGGCCUGGCUUUCGGCACUCGAGCGGAUGGUUUGCUGCUCUCGGCUGCUCUGGACGGAACUCUCAAACUCACCAGCUUGGCAACCAACACUGUGGUGCAGACAUACAAUGCUGGCCGUCCUGUCUGGAGCUGCUGCUGGUGUCUCGAUGAUACAAACUAUGUCUAUGCUGGAUUGGCCAAUGGCUCUAUCAUGAUAUAUGAUCUGAGGGACACCAACUCUCACGUCCAAGAACUGGCCCCUCAGAAGUCCAGGUGCCCCAUGGUGUCACUGUCCUACCUGCCCCGCAUGGCCUCGGCGUCGCUGCCCUACGGCGGGAUAUUGGCUGGGACCUUGGAAGGAGCCUGCUUUUGGGAACAGAGAGCUGGCAACUCCUACCGGCCCCAUCACCUGCCCCUGGAGCCCGGGGGCUGCAUCGAUAUCCAAACAGAGAUCAACACACGGCACUGCCUGGCCACGUACAGGCCUGGUACGUACGGGGGCUCUGCAGGGCUCUCGGUGCCACUCACUGCUGGGGCUCAGCUCAGCACCAGCUUGGGGGCACAGCAGAAAUGCAGCAUCUGUCCCCAGCACAGCAAUGAGCAUCUGCACAUACAUAAGAACUGGGGAAGGGUGAAAGGAGGCAGCUGCAGGGUGGUGCUGCUUGUAUUCCUACAGCUGAAGCCUAUCUGUGAGUACAUUUUCCAAAGGUUACCUUUGUACUUCUACCACACAGGUAAAAAUAACCCAUGUGUGAGAUGUGUGAUGAUGGAACUGACUUGCAGCCCACUGACAGAGGCCUCUGAAGAUGUGGUGUGUUCUUCUAACCCGGUUCAGACUUUCAGUGCUGGGCCCACCUGCAAGUUGCUGACCAAAAAUGCCAUUUUCCAGAGCCCGGAGGAUGACAGGAGCAUCUUUGUGUGUGCUGGUGAUGAGGCAUCCAAUUCUGCCCUGCUCUGGGAUGCUGGAAGUGGUUCCUUGCUGCAGAAGCUGCCAGCUGACCUGCCUGUGCUGGAUAUCUGCCCCUUGGAAGUGAACCAAACCCACCUCCUGGCUACUCUGACAGAGAAGGCGGUGAAUAUCUACAGGUGGCAGUGAACUGUCCCAACACCUGCCACAGACUGUCCAAAUAUGCUGCUGAUCAACCCUACACAACUGCUGCUCGUGCUGCUUACAGGAGACAGGAUCCAUUACAGCACCUUUCUGGCAGUAGGCAGGAACUAGGAUGUGUUGGUGCCUGGAGCAAUUCCUUUCUUUCUCUGUCUUCCUCUUUAGGCCUGCCCUUAUUUCUUCUUUGGCCAGUUUUCUUUAGUCAGGCUGCACAAGCUGCCUCAGCAGAGCAAUAAUUCCUGGAGUGUCUCCAACAUGUGUUGCUGCACUUUUUUUCCACUGUGAAUACAGCACAGGGACUUGCAAAUCUCUGCUACAAAUGAAUAAUAUAAGAGGAACGUGAAGACCUGAGACUCCCACUGCACUUUCUGGUGGAGUCCUGCCGUGAUUAGUGGGUGAUGAAAAGGUGGUGAUGUUGCAUCUCUCAGGCAUUGCUGAUACACAGUGUGACAGCAAGUUCACUGCUUUGGGGAACACGCUCCCACCUUCUGUCGAAGGUCUAGGGUCAGUUGGAACUUAUUCCCUGACAGAGACCAACCCUAUUUUGAGGCAAUGGAGAGAACAGGCUUGGAAAAUCUACAGAGAACCUUUUUCUUUUGUGUUUGUUUUUUUUUCCCACGAGCAUAUAAUUUGCACUGUAAUUCCUUAAUUCUCUGCCUUCUCCAUUCCCUCCUCUUGUUCCUGCUUCAUCUGCAAGCAAACUUGGACAGUUUGGUUGUGGAAAAUUAAAUUAGUACUGGAGAAGUACAGGUAAAGAGGAGGCAGAUGAUUCUUACACUGUUGGCUGCUGGAGUCCACAGUGUCCUUCCUUAAAGAGAGGAAUGUACUGAAACAGCCAGUACCUUGGAAAAGAAUGCUGGCUGCUUUUGUUGUCUGGGGGAGGGGAGUUGGCUUUUUUCUGUUUUGAGGAACUGGUAGAAGCUCAGGGAUUUCAUCAGCUUGCUUUCACUGACUUUUGCCUCCCUAAGUCACCGUUUCCAGCUCGCAGCUGGUGACAGAGAAGUUCCAGUUGUGUUUGUGUGAGGGUGCUGCAGCCACUGGUUUGUGUCACUGUGAGCCCGUGGGGUGGGGUCACAGCCUGGGGGAUGUGCCCUGGCCAGGUGGGCUCUUAGCACCUUCCUGUAAAUACUCUGAGGGGUGGGAGAACGUUUAUCUCCAGGUCAGCCCAUGAAGGAGGACUUGGGUUCCGUUUUAUGUGUAACAAAAGCAAACUUGCAAGGAUGUUGGAGGCUGCAAGACAAAUUCCCUGUAUUAGAAGCUUAUUCCUCAGCACAGCUCUGCCUCUGGACGUGCCACCACUUCAACUGCCGGGAUAAUUUUAUUUUUGAAGGUCUGGGGCUUGCAGAGUGUGAGCCUGUUUGUCUUAAAUGGGACUGACAAGAUCUCGACUUAACUUUAUAUUUUUCUGUAUAGUAUUUUGUUCCUAUAUUUUUAUAUAAGAAUAAAAUGUUUAUAGUUAUCAAAUAUAACUGGUGCUGCUGUACUUUAAAAAUAGGUCUCAGUGACAUACAGGGCAUGUCUUGUGAACAUAACCAAGUGUUCCCUUAUGCAGGUGAGGUUUCUCCUGCUUUGUAUUACCUCCAAGUCACACUGAGCUUCAGACUGAAAUAAUGGAUGUGUUAACUGAAUGAGGAAUCCUCGCUGAACCAUCCUGCUCUGGCCAGGUGAGGGGAAGGGAAAGGGUCAGGGCAUACACCUGCAUAUCCUGUAAACUGAAAAUAACUCACUGACAUGAGAAUUUUUGGCAUUUUAACAAUGAUCAGGAAAAUAAGGGCUGGUAGAAUGACAUUGUGAGGUCUCUGGUAAUGCCAGCUAAACCAGAAGGAGCAGGAUGCUCUCUGCUCUCUGUUCUCAGCUAUUUUGAGGCAUCAUUUAUGUUCAGUCAACUCUAACCCUGUCUUACCACAAGAAAUCUGGAAAAUUUUAACCAUGCACAGGAAAAAGAAUGAAAAUGUUUUGAUUUGAA